GCACUUUCGUCUGACGAUUCUCUCACGCGUGAUCGUGGAGCGUGUUGUACAGAUUCCGACCACUUUGGAUCGAGUGCUCACGUGGGAGGCCAUUUCUGUCCACAUGUGGUCGGGGAAGAGGUCCCUGGUUAACGGCUCAUGCGCGUGUCCAAAUUCUAAAACCACCCCAUCUUUGUUAUUCCUUGAGUUUGUCGGGUGAAUUACGACAAAGGAUGGCUUAAAAUUUCCUACUAACUUUCUACACUGCCAUACGCAAAAUAUUAAUGUUGGGCUUGUCGAAUAGAUAUAUAGUUACGGAGCGCGUAGACGAGAACCUCGUCUCUCGGGUCUCGGUUAAUGGUAGUAAGCCACUAGGCCAGUCAUCUGAUGGUGGCCCCUACCACUUAUGUAGGAGUGCCACUGAGAAGAAGUGAGAACUGCUAUAUCCACUUUAAUGGUUCGCUUCAUAGUAUCCAAAAAUCAUGGGCCAGUUCUUGCUGGCAUGCAGCAAAAUCAGUAGUGGAAAGAGGAAGUUUCUUGGACACCUGAACUUCUUCUCUCUUUUGUCAAGUGAAAAUUUCGGAAGUUAUGGUUGCUAUGAAAUGGUUUGGUGUAGCUCUGGGGCCAGAUGCUGCAACAUGCGGGACGCCUGCUUGGAUUGGUAAGGGCCUUACUUGUGUUUGCUUCAAGCGAAAGGGAGCUUAUGAACGGAUCUGCAUUAACUUGACACCCCUACAGGAAGAAAGAUUGAAGAGAUUGAAGCACCGGAUGAAGGUUUACUUUGAUGGCUCUAGGCCCGAUCACCAGGAAGCCCUGAGAGCACUGUGGUCUGCUACAUACCCUGGACAGGAGCUCCAAGGCUUGAUAUCUGAUCAGUGGAAAGAAAUGGGAUGGCAGGGAAGGGAUCCAUCUACUGAUUUCAGAGGUGCUGGAUUCAUUUCUUUGGAGAACCUGUUAUUCUUUGCAAAGACAUUCUCGACAUCAUUUCAACGUUUAUUAAAAAAGCAGGGAGGAAAGCGAGCUGCAUGGGAGUAUCCAUUUGCCGUUGCUGGUGUAAAUAUCACAUUCAUGAUCAUGCAAAUGCUUGACCUUGACGCGUCAAAACCUAGGACAUUUAUCAGAUCAGUUUUCUUACAGAUGUUAUCAGAAAAUGAAUGGGCCUUUGACUUGCUUUACUGCGUGGCUUUCAUGGUUAUGGACAAGCAAUGGCUGGAGAGAAAUGCCACGUACAUGGAGUUCAAUGAUGUUUUGAAAUCAACUCGGGCUCAGCUGGAGAGAGAACUUCUAAUGGAUGAUGUCCUACGGAUCGAAGACAUGCCUUCUUAUAGCCUUCUCUGUUAGCAAUAACCAACUAUAAAGUUCAAGCGGGAGUCCUCCAAUACGAGUUCAGUCCCAUGAUAUAUUUAUUUUAACUUUAAAAGUUGUACAAUCCCUCUUCCUGUCCCUUUCUUCUGGUAAUUGAAUCCAUAAGCUGGUCAUAUUGAUACGGCUUAGUUCCCCUUUGAUAAAUUCCACCAUUCCAACCGACUGUUAUAAAAUUGUUUGCGGUGGGUGGGAACAGGGAAAGAAUCGAAAUCGUUGAUCUUGUUCUGA